CCCAACACGCAUACGCACGGUGCACUCUCUUACACGCAUGGGGUGCGCGGGGUCGAAGGCCGAAACUCACGAUGACACCUGGGGCGAACUGGAUCCAAGUGAGCGCACGGUAAUGCCGGCAUCCGAGAGAGAAGCAGUCUCAUUUCGAGAGAUAGAAGACGAAGCGCUUCGACUGAAUGCCGAGGCGAAAGAAACGGAGGAAGCGGGACAUUUUGACGAUGCGCGCGCGUUAUACGAGCGCGCGCUUGAGUUGAUGAGCUCUACGUCUGGGAUGACCGUGCCUUAUGCCACCACACUCAGCAACAUGGCGUGCCUCUUGCGCACUCAGAAAAGAUAUGAUGAGGCACUGGAGCUGUUCACAGAGGCCUUAGACAUGGUCGAAAACUAUCAAUAUUGGGAUUCUUUUGGGGGUGAAGAUUCUAAGAAGGAGAUGGUUGAUCAAAUACUGCAAAAUAAGUUGCAGAUGGAAAUUCGGAGCGGGGUCAUAACCUAA